CCGCCUCUUUUACUGUGACCCUUUGUGGACGGCCCCAUCCCCGCCUUCAUCAUGUCGGACAGUGUGGAAAAACCCAGUGCGAUCAUUUUCGGUGGACUAAACACUUGCUCCCGCGCACUCGCUGCUCUUCUCGUCCCACCACAAGGAUAUUCACUCGUUUCUCAUCUGCGCAUUGUUGAUAAAUUCUCCGUCUCUCCCCCGACGACAUACCUGGGUUCAGAGUUCCCAAAGGUUUUGGCUCGACCAGAAGUAGAAUACCGCCAAGCAAAUCUCACAAUUCCAUCUGCCGUUGCAUCUGCUUUCGAUCCACCUGCUGGGCAGGCGCCGUAUACCUAUGUUUUCGAUCUCAGUGGAGAAGUGAAUCACGACCGGGGAGAAGUCAUUGCCAUAAAAAUGACGUUCAAUGUCUCUCGAAAUAUUGCUUUAGAGGCCGCAAAAAGAAAUGUCAAAGCUUACGUGCGACUACAGCAUCCGGUAUAUGAAACGUCUGAUAAGGGCCCCAUUGACGAGAAGGAAGAUGCGAAACCCGUCAAGACCCUCAACAUUUGGUGGCACGAGACUCUGCGAAUGUUAGCUUCUAUCGAAAACUUGAACCUCGUCAUUCUCCGCAUUGGGUUUGUAUACGGUCCUUAUGUAGAAUUUGGUCUUUGUAAGACCUCCUAUUCCCUCCGGACCCGCUUCAGCUAUGCUGAGAAAUCAUUCUCAGAUGCUCUGGUAAUAACGGUGGCUUCGAUCUAUGGGUACAUGAAGAAACCAAUGAAGACUAUUUGGGGACCGGGAAAGGAUCCGGUAAACACAGUUCACAUUGACGACGUGGCAAGCGCCCUCUGGGCAUGUGCUGAGUGGAUGGGGCCUCUUGGACGGAAGGAGGCCAACGCAAUCGCAGGCGAGAAGAUUUCAUUUCACAACGAUAAGGGCAAGGUGAAGGAGGUAGCAGGGACUUGUUCACCUGACGCUCAGCCAGUGGCUCCCAUAUUCAAUGUGGUGGAUGACUCGGAGACAACGUUGGCGAAAGGUGGUGCAAUGAUAACCCAGUUUUUUGGGACAACCUUCGAGUUUUAUUCGAGCUUGGAAACCGCGAUGGCAAAGCUCAAGCUUGAGGACCUCGAGGAAGAAAUAAAUGAACAUCAUGUUGGCACUUGGACAGAGAUGCUUCAACUUUCGAAUCCACCAGUUACGCACACACCAUUAAACGCUUACAUGGAUAAAUACGCGUUGUCGCGACACAGACUUGGAUAUAGCAAUGACAAGAUCAAGCGUAUCCUCGGUUACCAGUUGAAGCGACCUAAAUUCUGCCAAGAAACUCUUCAGGAGGUCGUCGACAAAUGGAAAGCGGAGGGAUCUUGGCCUAUAGUCCCAAAUGCAUGACAAUAAUUAAAGCUCGCAGCAACCGUCCGUCUGCUAUGUACCAGGGUGAGCAAGACGUUGCUAUUAUUUCAUCCACUGCAAUUUUGUUAAUACCUCUUGCAAUCGCUCUUCCAAUUGUUUGUUCUCAUGUAGUUUACCACCGUGUGUUGACGGAUAAUGAUGUUUUAAUUCUGCUUUCGCUGGAAAUAUGGUGCGCGAGCCCGGGGCACUCGAGUGAAGCGACAGACAAUGAUCAGACUAUGUUCUGAUAAA